UAUUCUUAUUAUUAUUAAGGAUGUAUCACAUUGUGAUGUUUUGUUUGCACACAUGCUCGAGAUGCUGCAGGAUGUACUAAAGUGGGUUUUGGGACGAGACGCACUGCGGAUCAGAGGAUGGAUGUUGCUGGAUGUUUGAAGCGUAGAAGAAAAGUUGUUCGUGCGUUAAUUGGACAACGAAGCGCAGCUGCACAUCGACUUGACCUCGGUUUGGUUUUAUGAGCUUUAAGCUUCACUUGUACAUCACUUUAUUAUUAUAUAAAACAACUGUCACACCCACAGUGAUUUACACUGACGGAGCAGAAACAGAAUCAGCCUCAGUUCCUUGAACCAAACCCCAUCUCACUCAGGAGUUCACAGAAAAGUUCCACCAGCUCUUGGUUCGCUCUUUUACUGAGGCUGAGGUGGUGACCAGGUCUCCCGAGGGAUGUGCGUGGGCUCCCGGGUUCAGGGAGCGAGAAGCCGGCUCCUGCUGUGGAACAUCGCCUCGUCCUGGUGCCUAUGCAGCGGAUCUGAGAGGAGAUGAGAGCCGCGAUUUUCCACCUCCUCGCCGGCUGCCUCUGCCUGUUACGCACCGCUGCUGAGGAGUCUUCUCUCCCACGGGAGCUGUUAGAGCGGCUCUCCCACAGCGACAUCCGCAGCAUCAGCGACCUCCAGCGGCUGCUAGAGAUAGACUCCGUAGAGAACGAGGUGAUCGAGGAGACCAAACACGUCUACCACAAGGACUUCUCUCACAGUUUCCCUGAUCUGAAGAGAGCACACACCAGACACAGGAGAAGCACUGUGGUGGAAGAGGCCUUACCAGCGGUGUGCAAGGUACGGACAACCAUCUAUGAGAUCCCCAGGAGCCAGGUGGACCCCACGGCUGCCAACUUCAUCAUCUGGCCACCGUGCGUCGAGGUGAAGCGCUGCACCGGCUGCUGCAACACCAGCAACAUGAGAUGUCAGGCAGCUCGCAAGCACCACCGCAUGGUCAAGGUGGCGAAGGUGGAGUAUGUGCGUAAGCGGCCUAAGCUGAGGGAGGUGCAGGUGAGGCUGGAGGAUCACCUGGACUGCAUGUGCACCAACAAACGCCACAUCAGUUCAAAUUCAGACACAGACAAUGGAAUCAGGUGAAGAGAGAUGAAGUGAUGAAGGAGCAGAGGAGAACAGAGGACAAACAUUAUGGCCUGAAGCAGAAGACUAAGCACCUUUUUGCCUCCAACGUCCUCAUCACCCGACAGCAACUGACUGUGACUGCUUUUAUGGAUUACUGUAUAUUCUGACAAAUGAACCUUCGGGAGGUUUAAUGGAGAAUCACCUCUUUGACUCAUGUGAUCCUGAAUCGUUCCUUGAAAACAAAGAAAAUAUCCCCCACAAACUUGAAAACUGAACCUCAAGAUUUGCGAUUCCUCGAUGGAGAACCAGUCGUUGGAUACAAAGAGAGGACUCGUCUCUCUUUGCCGUCUUGUUUCAUCCCCAGAGAAUAAAGGGCUCAGUGACUGGGAUUAAAAAACUGGCUGGAAUCCUUUCUAGAAACAGUGACUGGGAUUAGGUUUUGUACUCGACGAUUUACUCUUCCUCAGCAAAAACACACACGCACACACACUCUCACAUGCACACACAAACACGAACACACACACACACACAGAGUAUAUCCUCUUAUUUUUUUAUAGCCUCUCAUUUUCUAUCGCUGUCUGUUUCCAUUUAGGUAUGUUAUCCUUGUAAGAAUGGAGAAAAACAAUCCUUCUGACAUGUUACUGAUACUAAUAAACUAUUUAUACAAAAA